CCUUACUAGAUACAGUAUUUUCAAGAGCCUGAAAUCUAUUAUUUUUAUAAAGGAAAGAUUUUAUAUAAGGUUGCAACCUUAAAAUGUAGAAUUAAAAUUUUUCCUAGCCGUUAGAUUCCCGCCAUAAUUCUUCUCUCCCUUGUUCUCAUAAUUCUGAUUUCAAAAUCCCAGUUUCCUGGUUCAAGCUUCUCGAUCUUGGAGCGAAUUGUGAAAUCAAGAAAGAAUCACUCUAGUUUUGAGAGCCCACUAAAAACUUCGAUCAACAAUCCAUGAAAGUUCAAGAGAAAAAGCUCUCAAUUCCCAAAUUGGCUCAAGGAUUGGUCUCUUUGGGCCAUGGUUUCCAAUGCAUUAAACCCCCAAUUCAAAUCAUUUAUUUAUCAAAAGCUGCAUCAUUUGCUAGUUUUUUGCAGAGACAUGAAAGAUUUGAAAAAAAUUCAUGGCCAUAUGAUCACAAAUGACUUGCAGAGAGAAGGCUACGCUCUCGAAAAGCUUCUUUCUUUUUGUGCUGUUUCCCCUCUUGGCGAUCUUGAUUAUGGAUUCCUUGUUUUCAAUCAAAUUCAAGAACCCAACAGGUUUAUGUGGAAUACCAUCAUAAGGGGUUUCUCAAAUAGUCCUUACCCUAAAGAGGCUUUCUUUCUCUACAAGCAAAUGUUGAACCAGGGUCUAUUCCCAAAUAACUUCACCUUUCCUUUUGUCCUCAAGGCCUGCACUCAGCUUUCAUCGAUUCGAGAAGGGAAAAUUGUUCAUACUCAUAUUACAAAGCUUGGGUUUACAUGCCAAAUAGUUGUGCAAAACGCUUUACUUCAUACGUAUGUGGCCUCGGGUUCGAUUCCCCUGGCUCGUCAACUAUUUGAUGAAAUUACCCACAAGAACAUCAUAUCUUGGAACUCCAUGAUUGGUGGUUAUUCUCAACAAGGUCAUGUUGACAAAGCAUUAGAGUUUUUUACAGAAAUGGAGAAUUUGGGUAUUGAACCAGAUGAAAUUACCAUUGUUAGUAUGCUAUCAGUUUGCUCUCAAACAGGGGAUCUGGAAUUUGGCAGAUCCUUACAUUUUUGUAUUGCCAAGAAAGGUAUCAGAGCUGAUGUUUAUGUUCAUAAUGCUUUGGUUGAUAUGUAUGCAAAAUGUGGCCAAAUCAGAGAGGCACGCCUCAUUUUUGACCAAAUGCCCGAGAGAAAUGUGGUUUCCUGGACAACUAUGGUCACGGCCUAUGUGAAACAAGGGAUGCUUGAUCUUGCCUAUCGAUUUUUUGAACAAAUGCCCGAGAAAAAUGUGGUCUCUUGGAAUGCACUGAUUGCUGGUUUUGCACAACAAGAUCGGGGUCGAGAAGCGCUGGAUUUGCUUACUUGUAUGGAAAAUUCAAAUGUGAUGCCUGAUGAGGCAACUCUAGCCAGCAUUCUUGCAAUUUGUGGCCAAUUAGGUGAUUUGAAUCAAGGGAAGAGGAUCCAUAACUACAUUUGUCAAAAUGGGUUUGGCUUUAAUGUCACGUUAACUAAUGCUCUUAUCGAUAUGUAUGCAAAGUGUGGGAGUGUGGACUUUGCAUUAUCCCUCUUUAAUGAAAUGCCAGAGAGAAAUGUGGUGUCAUGGAAUGUUAUGAUUAAUGGGUUGGCCAUGCACGGUCGUGGCCUAAUCGCCAUUGACCUCUUCAACAGUAUGUUAGCCAUUGGGGUUGAGCCCGAUGAGAUUACCUUUGUAGGCUUGUUAUGUGCUUGUAGCCAUGUUGGCCUCCUUGAUGAUGGUCGAGGCUAUUUUGAUAUGAUGCACCAAAAUUUCAAGAUUGAGCCCAAGCUCGAGCAUUAUGCUUGUAUGGUUGACCUUCUUGGGCGAAAGGGGCUCCUUGAUGAGGCUAUGGACUUGAUAGAGAGAAUGCCUGUAAAGCCAGACAUGGUUAUUUGGGGUGCGUUACUUGGGGCUUGCAGGAUUCAUGGAAAUGUAGAAAUGGGAGAGAGAAUACUUAAGACACUUAUUCAGCUAGAGCCUUAUAAUGGAGGGCUCUAUGUGCUUCUCUCUAACUUGUAUGGUGAGGCCCAUAGAUGGGAUGAUGUAAAGAAAAUCAGGAAAAUGAUGAUGGACAGAGGAAUAGUGAAGGGUAGAGCAUUCAGCUUGGUUGUAGUAGAUGGCAUUAUGCAAGAAUUUAUUGUUGGGGACAAUAGGAAUUGCAUCUCUAGUGAUAUUUAUUCAAUUUUGAGGCAACUAACCAAUCACUCAAGGGAGGAAACCAGUUUCCAUACACAUGUAUAAUGAAAGCAUCCUUUCCUUUAGAAUUGGAGAAAAGGUUGUGAAUGUAUUAUUGCAUCAGUGUUUAUCAUUUUGUAUAAUGAAAGAAAGACUUUUCCCUGGAAUUAUGGAGGAAGGCAGUGAAUAAAAGAAAGUCAUUUAUCU